AUGGCCGAAGCGGCCGCCAAAGCUCCCUCGGAUCGUCAGGCCCUGUUCGCCGACGAAAAGCUCCGCAACUCCCUGCACGCCGCCCUCGGCCACAGAUGCCCUUCCCUGCUUCGCGUCUGUGCCAUGCUGCUCGCACGUCUCUCUGUUGACGCACACCUCGCUGCACACCUCAUCCACCCACCGUUUUCCAGCAUCGCUGAGGCUGCACUCAAAUCUAUGCCUCGCUCACGCUCCGGGAGUGAGACCCUCUCCUAUCGCGAUGCCUGGCGCCUUUCAGCACGCGCCAUGCGUAACGUUGCUGCGUUUGCAGAAAGCAACGCCACUAUCCUGGCCCGCGACUCGGAUGUCGUCCGGCUCCUUGCCCUGUGCUUGAGAGAUUCCGUCCACCGUAAGCCAGGGGAGGAAGCCGUCGAGUGCGCCGCGGCCCUCGCCAACUUUGCUCGCUGGGGUAUCACUUUCCAGGCUUACAUCCGGAAGCAUAACGGCCUAUCCGCUCUCAGCGAGGCCGCCCAGCAGAGUGAUGACCUGGCGUGCAAGUUCCAUGCGUGCAGGGCGCUAGCCGAGUUUAGCCUAGACCACAAGUGGCUCAUGUUGCUCAUUGCGGAGGGCUGCAUUGCCAUCAUGUUGAGGAUUAUCGAAAUGAGCAACGAUGAGGAGAUCUUGUCGGAGGCGACUCGCUUUCUGGGCAAUAUUGCUACUUCGAGAAUUGGACGGGAGGCGAUCAACUCGGCAAACGGCACGGAGAAAAUGGUAGCAAGGGUCUUGACAACAUGUGCCCGCAUCAAAACACAGAAAGCCGCGCUUUUAAGCAUUGACUUGCUGAGAACCACGAGCAACUUGUGCGUAGGAAGUAAGGAGGCCUCUCAGGCUUUGAUCAACCGCGGUGGUGUGAUGGCCUUCAUUGAUGCGUAUGGCGACGAUGAGAGCAAAAACCCGCAGCAGGUAAAGACAGAGGCUUUCCGAGGGUUGCUCAUCAUUGCUCAGGGCGGGCACGGUUUCCGCGCAUCAGUGCUUCGGGAAAUAGGGAUCAAGAUUCGCCAAGAUACUUGCCAAGGUCGAUGCACUGCUCAUCUGUAUGAUCUUGGGCGAAGAAUCAAGGUUGAAGCGAGCACAGAGAGGAAGGACGACUUUCCGCAGACUAUUGCAGGUCUUGGAGCUAGAUCGAAGGAGUAUCUGUUUCAGGCUGGACCACUAGCGAUGGAGGACGCACAGAUCCCCAACAGCGUUCCAGAUAUGAAAAGUCCUGCCGCUGGCGCAUUUAGACAGUCCGGAAGACUACUUUCGGUGAAGAGACCGGUACCACACAGGGAGAGACUCGAGAGAGAGAGGAAGGGCCGACCUCCGCGAAUUCCUGUACUUUCUACUCAAGUGGCUGGACGAAGCACAAAUGGGGUUCAGAGGCGGCCGAGAACAGAGAAGAUCCCCGCCGCACCCACCUCGGACCCUAGCGAAAAUCGGUUAGUGCAGAGUGCACGCUGCAGUCCUAUAGCAGGGAGAGGGGUCCCACAAGGCCCAUAUGACUUUCAUAAUGUCGCUGAUAUUCCCCGUUGUAAGGUAAUCGAUUCCACUGGCAAGGAACAAGGAGGAGACGGAAACUGGGUGCUCGCUGUCUGGUCAGCUGUGUGCAAUGCAGUCACACGUCCGCCGAACGAAAUGGUCGGGGGCAGCGUUUCCAGCUCUAGUGAUGGAAUCAGUGUUCUUUCGAGCGAGGAUGGUGCAGAUGUAUAUGAAAUGGGAGUGCCCCUCGGCCGCGGUGGUUUUGCAACUGUUUAUCUUGCAAAAAACAUGCGAAAUGGGGAGCUUGUUGCUGUGAAGCGUUUCCACCCCCUAAACUCUGCUACCCCAGACGCUGCGAAGAAGGCCGAGCUAGCUGCGCGCCGGGCCAUCAAAGAACAAAGAAUCUGGGAUGGACUCUAUCACAAGAACAUUGUCAGCUACCGUGGCUGCUUUUUCGGAGAAAACGGUGAGCUCAACCUAGUUGCUGAGUACAUUCCCGGCUGGUCUUUAGCGGAUCAUAUAUCGCAGAUAAGUCAGUUCCCAGAACACAUGGUCGCCUGUAUUACACAACAAAUUGUGGAUGGACUUGACUAUUUACACAAGUGCGGCGUUACUCACCGAGACGUCAAACCAGCCAACAUACUUGUCAACCCCGAUGGCGUGAUCAAGAUAACAGACUUCGGGGUGAGCUCCGCUGUAGACGUCCCUACAAUGACAGGAAACGCACUGGUCGGCACUCCCUGGUACAUCGCGCCCGAAAUGAUCGAAGGUCGGCCAUAUGACAAAUCCGUGGACAUCUGGUCCCUAGGUUGCACCGUACUCGAGUUAGCAACUGGGAGACGUCCUUAUCACAACAUGCGUCCUCAUGUUGCGCUCUUCAAAAUGACACAAGCUCGCAUGCCGCCAAUCCCCAAGAAGUUGAGUCCUGUCCUCCGAGACUUUUUGAAGACCUGCUGGGUCUGGGACCCUACUGAACGGCCAACCCCAGCCCACCUACGACGUCACCCGUUCCUCGCAUCGGUUGUGAGACCGGAGAUUACAAGCCUGAAGAACAUGACGCGUGAAACUUAA